AAUGCCUUAGUUUAAGACCUCUUCAUGACUCAAGGGUAAUGACCGUUGUAGCUUGCUAUCUAACUAGCCAGCUCGCUCGAAAGAAAUGGCCCUACGCUUUCUCUCAUUGUGUGUGAAAGAUCGAAUCGAUUUAGGUAGAGUAUCAUCCAGAGUCUACAAUGUCAGGUUAUUUAGCACUGCUGCAGAGCAGCGCAAUACUGGAAACGACUGCCAUGGCUAUGAUGAUGGUGAUGAUCAGAAUCCUUCUGUAGCACGUCUCAAGAUGUUGGAGAAGAGGGCCAACAAGCUAGAGGAGCAGGUCCAAGAUCUCACUGAGAGGUACAAUAGAGCUCUGGAAGAUUCUGACAGUGUUCGGAGAAGAACACGUAAAUUUGUGGAGGACGCCAAGCUAUUUGGAAUUCAAAGUUUCUGUCGUGACCUGGUGGAGGUGGCAGACUUACUGGAACGCACUACAAGUGGCAUGGAGGCAAAGGAGACAACAAGUCUAACCCAGAGCCUGGAACAAAUACAGGACAGAUUGCAAGAGGUGUUCUCUAAGCAUGGACUAGAAAAGAUGCGUCCUGUGGGGACUGUGUAUGAUCCCUACCAGCACGAAGUAGUGUGCCAUACCCCAGCUCAUGGAGUGGAGCCUGGUCUUGUAGCUGUGGUAAAACAAGAUGGUUACACGCUUCAUGGUCGCACUAUUCGUCAUGCACAUGUGGGUAUUGCUGUAAAAACACAGGACUCUUGAUUUGGGUUUGUUCUAUACUGCCUUGAGUAGGCACUCGUGUACUGCAUAACUUCAUUUCUAAAAUUUCUGCUUUUUGAGUAUAUAAUGUGCACAUGCAUAUUCAUUCUCUGAGCCCAGAGAUAUUUCGUUUUGUGUUGGGAUUUAUUUAUUUUUUUCCCCCCGGUUAUCUACCAAUUUGUCCUUUCAGUAUAUUUGCUUAUUGCCUUUUUAGAAUGUGCUUUAUUAUUUGCAGAAAUUUAAUACUGAAACAAAAGACUGUAUUUGAAUGUGAGGCCAACUACAUUGAAACCUAGGUUACAUCUACUGGUACCUUAAUUUUUAAAACUACAAUACCUCAUUGAACUUUUAGUGGGAGGGAUUUUCAUUUUUAUUUUUGAGUGGUAGAGGUCCUGUGUUGGACCUUUUUUUUAAGUUAUGGAGUUUGUGACUUUUGUAUAUUGGUACAGUAUUGAUACAUUGCCUUUUGUACUGUAAUUUGUGAAGUUUUCAGUUGACAUUUACAGUUUGUGAUGCAAGGAAGGUAACUGAAUGACCAUGGUCUUUCUGGAGGUUAACUGGAUGUUUUGUCAUUGUAAAUACUUACAAUUUUGGGAUGGUUAUUACUCUGUGCCUUUUAAUGUUAGAUCAACAGUAUCCAAAGAAUAAAUUUAUAUUCUUAAAUCCCUAAGGAGAACAACUUUUGAAAAUAAGGUGUCCAUAUGUGAGUGGGCCUUAUUAGUCUUCUGUUUUGAUAUUUAUAUAUUUUAACUUAUAGAGUGUCUUUGUGUGUGUAUGUGUGUGUUACACAGUCCAGUGUGACUUGCAUGUAGUGUGAAGUAGUUGUGGAAAUCAGUGAGAAAUGAGAUGUUUCUGGGGAGGUAUGUUUCCUGUUUCAGUAAUGUAUGGUAUUCUCAGUGUGUUGUCAUUCUGUCUAUUAUUAUUAAAUGUUAUUAUAAUUAUUAAAACA